CUCCUGCUGCGCCUGCGCAAAGGUCGAUUUCGAAAUAAAAAAAUCCGGUUUGUCAGGUGACUAGCUAGCUCGGAUAAAUGUUUAAUUAAACAGUAGACAACAGUAUGAUAGGUUAGCUAGUUAUGUUGCUUGCACCAAAAUUAUUGUCUGUGAAAAGAGCUGCAGAAUAUACACCUUGCCCUUGAAUUCGAGACUACUGAAACGGCCUCGAAUGCAUUAUGCUUGACACCGUGACUGCAGUGGUGAGGUUUGCGCAAUACAAUAGCACCGUAUUGCCAACCUAUGUGGAGAACACAUCAGUAAUCCCAACCUGGCAACCAGAGUUUGAGGCCAACAUCACCAAGCCUCACAGAUGUCUGCAGGUCCUAUAUGAGGACAUUGGCGAGUCAAGAGUUCGGUUUUGGGACCUCAUGCUCCUCAUUCCCAAUGUGACUUUCUUCAUGUUCCUGAUGUGGAAGCUGCCCUCAGCCAGGGCCAAGAUCCGGCUCACCUCCAGCCCCAUCUUCAUCACCUUCUACAUACUUGUGUUUGUGGUGGCAGCGGUGGGAAUCACCCGUGCCAUAGUGUCCAUGACCGUCAGUGCUUCCAGUGCUGCCACCAUCAUUGACAAGGUGUUGUGGGAGAUCACCCGCUUCUUUCUGCUGGCCAUUGAGCUCAGUGUGAUUAUCCUGGGACUGGCUUUUGGCCACCUGGAGAGCAAGUCCAGUAUAAAGCGUGUGCUGGCGAUCACUGCUGUACUGGCUCUGGGUUACUCCAUCACACAGGGCACCCUGGAGAUCCUGUACCCUGACAAGCACCUUUCCGCCGAGGACUUCAACAUCUAUGGCCACGGGGGACGCCACUUCUGGUUGGCCAGCUCCUGUUUCUUCUUCCUGGUGUACUCUCUGAUCGUCAUCCUUCCCAAAACCCCGGUUAGGGAGAGGAUAUCCUUGCCAUCUAAGAAGAGUUUUUACGUGUACGCUGCCAUCCUGUCACUGCUCAACCUGGUCCAGGGCCUGGGCAGUGCCCUGCUGUGUGCCGGCAUCAUAGAGGGGCUCUGCUGCGUGGACGUCACCACCUUCCUCUACUUCUCCGUGUUCGCCCCACUCAUCUACAUCACCUUCCUCAAAGGCUUCUUCGGCUCGGAGCCCAAGAUCCUCUUCUCCUACAAGUGCCAGGUGGACGAGCCGGACGACCAGACAGACGUCCAUCUGCCCCCCACCUCGACCUCUGGUCUGGGCCGCAAGGAGCAGCUGGAGCAAGGCUCCUUCUACUCCAGCACCCAGAUAGACGGCCUGACUGCCACCACCAUGGGCUCCGGCAUGGCUGCCUACCUGGAUGACGUGGCCUCUGGUCCUUUCGGGGCGGGCAGCAUCAACAGCAUCGACAGCGACCGCUGGAGGGCCAUCAACGCCUAAGGAAAAAGAGGAGAUGAGAGGAAAGGGGAGGAUAUGGGAUGUGUGCUAGUGCUAAGCUAGUAGGAUAGGUUAAGUGGAGAGUAGUGAGGUUGGAGUUUGCUAUGGCUCUCUCUCCCCCUCUGGAGAUACUGUGAAGAGGGCCCUCACUGAGGAAACUGCUCCCCCAAUUCAGCUCCUGUUUAUCCUCCAUAUCCUUCAUUUUGGCUCUUGCUGCCUGCUCCAUUCUGGCUCAAACAUUACAUUCUCCCCAAUACCUGCAGGGAACUUCAGUCAAGUAUUAGCCCCCCUGUAAUUGAGUGCGUGGACAUCAAAGCUAAGAAGAACAUGUUCUAUGUUAAGUGUAAAGGUAAUGUCCGUUACAUUCCCAUCGAAGGGUUACAGCUCAGUGAGGUAAAGUCCACUAAUUGUGGCUUUGUGUUAGAUUUGUGACUAUUUGGUAACCGGCUCGUAUUGAAUCACCAAUUCACAGUUUCUCGCUCCCUAUAGGCCAGACCUGUCUUUAUCACGCUUGGACCCUUCUCUAAAUUGCAUCAUUCGUAAUGUUUUCUGUUUGAAAUCAGUGCUUUUUUCCACUCUUUGAUGUUUGAAAGGCUACAGUGUAACGUCAUUACCCUCAUUGUAUUAAUUGAGGAACUCUGGCUUGAGUCUGCAGGAGUUUGGAAUGCCGUGUCAAAGACCAUUAGCAGUGCAACUGGUAUCCAUGUGAUUUGCUGCUGGGGCAUGGAGAGAAUCAAAAUGGAUGCUGAGUCGCACCCGUCAUCUCUACCUACUUUAUGUUAUUAUUUACUGUCUGUUUUAUUUAUUUUAGUGACAGCUCGGUUUUAUGUCGAUAGGUAGUUCCAUCAGCGGAUCAAUCCUGGUAUAAAAAAUGCUUAUAAUGACUAAAGCAACAUUUACCAACCACCAGUCAAAUGAGAGAUCGAGAAGGCAGGAAUAGCACUUGUGGUUAGGCUAUGUAUUUUGCGGACAUUUUUAUUUCAAGAAAUAUUCAUCCCCAGAUACAUUGGAUUCAACUGAAAAGAAACUGAGAAAAACAAAGGGCAUUUUUUAUGACUCAAAUAUGAACUAAUAUUGAAAUGUGUUAUUUUCAAUAUAUGAAAUUAUUGAAUUGACCACCUUAUGGUGUUGCUCAUGUGCUCUUUAUAAUCAAGCCCUGAUUUCAUCACAAAGAAAGAGCAACUUUUAAACACAGUCAAUUUGAUUGCUGAUAAUGCUUAACGCAAACUAAAGACCAAUUUGCAUGAUGCACUACUUCCUUGCUACUUCCUUGCAGUAAUCCUACUUUUAGGUCUGCUGUGAACUUAGUAGCCCACAACACAUGGUUUGCUGUGAAACCAAUUCCGUUGGUGGCUGAAAACAAUGUAAUUCCAGUUUGUGUGAAUUAUUUUAGUUUUGUCACUUAUAUUCAUUCCCCCACCCCGAACAAGAAUGGCCCCUUGGAAUGGUAAAACAUUGUCUUGUAAGUGUUGGAGUUGAUCAUCUGACAUACAGCAUCAGUAUGUCAUAUAAAGACACAUUUAUUUUUUCAUAAAUGUGAGCCACCACAAAGCAAGUGGUAUUUUAUGAGUCUUCUGCCUUGCACGUACCAACACUUGCCCUGCAUCAACAAAGGAAACCCUGUAACUUGCGCUCACACAGGCUUAUAUUUCUAGAGAAAUGUUGUAAGGGUUGCAUUUGAGGGGCAAAAUUAUAGAUGAUGAUAAAUUGAGUAUAAUAUUUAUAAGGUGUUGAUGGGGUGUGGGGUUUCAAAUGCAAGUGUUGUCAGGCUACAUAAGAUUUAAUACAAUAUUUAAUUGAAAGGACUUUGAAAAAGAGUAAGGAUACUCAAUGCCAGCAAGCUGUGAAUAACUUGUAAUUGUAUUUAAUAAUGUAUCAUUGUAGAAUAUUCAACCCAUAUGUUGAUGUGUUGAGCAUUCCAUGAGACGAUUAAACCUGCUUCCUAUA